AUGGCGCCUGAUACGUCAUCAGUCCGUUACCUCUUCGGUGCCGGCGGUAGCGGUUCCUCAGCUCUCUUGCUGAUGGUUCAGGAUUUCUGUCCAUCCUCCUCCACCAACCGCAGGAAUGACGUCGCCGCUAAGCCAACCCUCUUGAGUUUUGAUCUUGUCCUGCUGAAACUCAAUUUGGACCUGUUGCGCACUUAG